UAAAAAAAAAAGGAAAUACUUUUUGUCGUUUAUUCUGUGUUUUCAGAUCAUUUUAUAAAGUUUUAAUAAAAAAAAACAUUUAAAAAUGCCCCAAACUCAGAAACAAUAUGUUUGUGAAAUAUGUAAAAAAUGUUUUUCACAUAUUGGUUAUUUAAAGAAACAUCUACAAAGGCACACCGCAGACAAACCAUACGUAUGUGAAGUGUGCGAAAAAAGUUUCGCUCUAUUCGAUUAUUUAAAAUCACAUAUGAUAACACAUAAAGCAGAAAAACCAUACGUUUGUGAAGUGUGCCAAAAAGGUUUUGCACGAUUCGACAAUUUAAAAGCACACAUGAUAAUACAUAUGGCAGAGAAGCCUUUUGUCUGUGAAGUCUGUAAAAAAAGUUUUGCACAUAUCGGUUAUUUAAGAAAGCAUCUACGGAGACAUACUGCAGAAAAACGUUAUGUUUGCGACGAGUGCGAUAGAGAAUUUUCACAAUAUGAUUAUUUAAAAACACAUAUGGCCACGCACACAUCAAAAAAGCCACAUAUUUGUGAAGUUUGUGACAAAGGCUUUGCACGACUGGAUCAUUUAAGAAUACACGUGAGGAUACACACAAGAGAGAAACCAUUCAUUUGUGAAGUAUGUAAUAAAGGUUUUACACAUAUUAGCCAUUUAAAAUCACAUAUGAGAGUACACACCGGAGAAAAGCCUUAUGUUUGUGAAGUUUGUAAAAAAGCUUUUGCAAGAAUUGGCGAUUUAAAAAGACAUACGAGAACACAUACCUGUGAAAAACCGAGUACGGGCAUUGUGUAAUAAAUGUUUUAAAAAAAAUUUAUAAUUUAAAAAUAUAUGUGCGAAUGCAUACUACAAAAAAAUCUUAGUUUAUGAAGCGUGUAAAAAAGAUUUCGGGUUAAUUUGUUGUUUAAAAUUGCAUCUACAAAUACAUAACCCAGUGAAACGUUAUAUUUGUGAAGUUCGUGAAAACUAAUUCCAUUCAUUGGUAGUGUAAGAACAUGUUUCUGAAGAUUGUAGAAAAUGAUUUUGUUCAAGUUUAUCAUUUAAAAUACUUCUGAGAGUAUAUACAUAUCGCACAUAAGGUAUUAUAAAGUCUUAAUACAGAACCGAGUAGAAGAAAAUACAUUUUUUAAUAGUUAUUAGUGAGACAAGAGAGAUGUUUGCUUUUACUGAUGAAGUUUAAAGUUGUAGUUUAAAUAUUAAUGUAUUUCUAUAGUCUAGCAGAACUAUAUAAGAAUUAUACAAUAAGAUGUAAAAUUUUCCUACAUUUCUCAUGAAAAAUUACAUAAUUUGCAUAAGGGACAUUAUGAUAGAAGUAAUAUAAAAUAGUGUAAGUAAUUAAAAAGUUUAAAUGUUCUGGAGAAUUAAAAAAUUGAUCUAUAAAGGAGAUUGCCCAUUCUUGGUUUCGUGUUAUACUAUGAUCAAAUAUAUAUUAAAAAUUAAGUUUUUAUUUUUAACAAUUUCCUCAAAAAUAUUAAGUUAUAACUUCGCCGGAUAUAGAAGAUUAAAAUAAUUAGUAAUUUAAAAACUUCCAACCUAGUGUUAGUUCAAUUUUCCCAAUUGAAAAGCAAAGAUAUUAUAUAUUUAGGAUUCAGAAGAAAAACCAUUUAAAAAAAAUAACAAUUUAAACAUUACAAUUUUUGUUAUUCUCAAACUCUAAUUAAUUGACUCUAAUUCAAAAUAAAUAUUGACAUAAAUCACCAAACAACCAGAAUACUGAAUAAACACUUUGAUAUUAUCUUGACUUUAAGCGCACAUUUACAGAGACUUAAAACAAUGACUCACACACACCAUGUUCACGACUACCUCUCACGAACACCGCCGAUCGAAUGAAUGUUUCGAGCAAAGGCAUUGCUAUUUAUAGGCACUGUACCCUCAACAUUAUUAUAAAAUUCGUGUUUCCUAAAUCGGCCAUCCUGAAGUCGCGUCGUCCGCGGCGUGUCCUGCUGUUCGUCGUCACUUAGUUGUCCUGUUCCUCAUUGUUCUUGCUGAUCCGUGAGCUGCGGAGACAUUGUGCUGCUCGCUGCUUCUGUGAACAAAUCAGAUCGCAUUUCCCCAUGCAAACCAUUGGACAGAGGCAUCACUGAAUCGCAUGUCCCCAUGUAAACCAUUGGAAAGAGGCAUCACUGAAUCGCAUGUCCCCAUGCAAACCAUUGGACAGAGGCAUCACUGAAUCGCAUGUCCCCGUGCAAACCAUUGGACGGAGGCAUCACUGAAUCGCACGUCCACUUCGACAGAGGCAUCACUGAAUCGCAUGUCCCCAUGCAAACCAUUGGACAGAGGCAUCACUGAAUCGCAUGUCCCCAUGCAAACCAUUGGACGGAGGCAUCACUGAAUCGCAUGUCCCCAUGCAAACAAUUGGACAGAGGCAUCACUGAAUCGCAUGUCCCCAUGCAAACCAUUGGUCAGAGGCAUCACUGAAUCGCAUGUCCCCAUGCAAACCAUUGGACAGAGGCAUCACUGAAUCGCAUGUCCCCAUGCAAACCAUUGGACGGAGGCAUCACUGAAUCGCAUGUCCCCAUGCAAACAAUUGGACAGAGGCAUCACUGAAUCGCAUGUCCCCAUGCAAACCAUUGGACAGAGGCAUCACUGAAUCGCAUGUCCCCAUGCAAACCAUUGGACGGAGGCAUCACUGAAUCGCACCUCCACUUCGACAGAGGCAUCACUGAAUCGCAUGUCCCCACACAAAUCAUUGGACGGAGGCAUCACUAAAUCGCACGUCCACUUGGACAGAGGCAUCACUGAAUCGCAUGUCCCCACAUAAAUCAUUGGACAGAGGCAUCACUGAAUCGCAUGUCCCCACAUAAAUCAUUGGACGGAGGCAUCACUAAAUCGCACGUCCACUUGGACAGACGCAUCGCUGAAUCGCAUGUCCCCACAUAAAUCAUUGGACAGAGGCAUCACUGAAUCGCAUGUCCCCACAUAAAUCAUUGGACAGGGGCAUCACUGAAUCGCAUGUCCCCACAUAAAUCAUUGGACAGAGGCAUCACUGAAUCGCAUGUCCCCACACAUCAUUUCAGUGUAGCACACACCCGGCCGCCGCUUGCGUGGUUCUGCCGCAGGAACCACCGAUGGGCCCGAGCUGGCAAUGUCCGUGACGCAGCAUCCUCACCACCCGGCAAGGUCCACUGAUUCCCGGAUCUAGAUUUCCUGUAGACUGGGAGUUAUUACAAAAACAAGAUUAUCAACAUUAAAAACGGCUGCUGCUCGUCGGUGCCCGUAUCAUGUAGCUUUUGACUUCGUGGUACCAACUGAUGAGCUCUACCUCGACCUAGCUCUCGAUGAACUUCACGGCUCCGAGACAUCACGGAUUAGAGUCUUCACCACAGGUAUAGUGGCGUCUGUUCGCACCAGAAGCUACAGGGCGGAUGUCUGUUGUCUUGCGUUUUGUGAUGUUCAGAAUGAGCUGUGAUCCCCAAAUUUCAUCUGAAAAGCAUUCAGUCAACCCCAAGAAUUGUUUACUUGUUUGACGUUACGCGUCACCGAUGACUCAACUAGGGCCUGAACCCUAGGACUCGGAGGACCUAGGACCUAAAGACUCGGCUUAACCUGACCUCCACCAAAAAUUAAAUCAAAUCGUGAAUCUGUAGACUAGCGUUCGCGACUCUAACCAGAGGGCCCAUUAUGCCCCGUAUCAUUAUUAAAGUUCCGAGUUCGUCUAUCGGACCUCUGACUAUCUUAAGACGGAGCAACGAUCUCUUGGUGCACUCGGCAUAUGAGGAAACACUAUCUGAUCAGUCACUCGUGUAACCAAGCCCGCGCAUCACUCUUAAGACAGCCAGACACUCGUGACAAACAGAGUCUCCAAGCUGUAAAAGGAUCUAGCCUGUUCUACUUCCUCACACUAUAUCUUGCACGGCAAGGUCAAAGUUAGAACUAAAGUAAUCACGAGAUAGAUCUGAAUUUACGAAAUCUAAUGGUUUCGGCUAACAUUUCAUUGUUACUACGCCUGGUGAAACUAUUUUCAUCAGUAACUAGGUACUAUCGACACGGCGACGGAACAAGACGGCGUCCCGUCCGCAGGCAGCCAAAUUCACUCAUUGAGGGAGUGUAUUGCCGACUGGUAACACUAUUUUGAGCCCUUCGAUUGUUAUUUCCACCCAUCGAAAUUGAGCGUUCAGUCUCGAGCAUGUUCAAUCGUGACAAAAAUAGAUCGUAAAAUCUAUCGUGACAAAGUUGUUGAGCUAGUUACUUGGUGUUUUAUUACAUCUGGUAGGUGUGGGUACCUGACAAAAACGAAUGACAAAAUCAAACUUGUGGGCAUUGUUUUCUUUUCUCGUUUUUAACGAAAAAAGGAUCCCAAUUCUGAAUUUAGGAUUCAGAAGAAAAACCAUUUAAAAAAAAUAACAAUUUAAACAUUACAACUUUUGUUAUUCUCAAACUCUAAUUAAUUGACUCUAAUUCAUAAAAAAUUACAUAAAUAUUGACAUAAAUCACCAAACAACCAGAAUACAAAUUAAACACUUUGAUAUUAUCUUGACUUUAAGCGCACAUUUACAGAGACUUAAAACAAUGACUCACGCACACCAUGUCCACGACUACCUUCUCUAACGAACGCCGCCGAUCGAAUGAAUGUUUUUUUUUUUUCCUACCUAUGCUGAUAGCCUUGAGAGGCUAUUUCAGCUUCGCCCUAACGUUUGUAGGUGAGCUCACGGGGCUCAAACCUGAUGACGUUGCUAACACGAACCCUAGCAAGAGCCGUGCUUCGCAGAAUCUACCACCGGAAGCCGAAAGUAUGGCAGAGGAUGACGGAAGCUGGAGCCCUCUAUCUGGACCUUCAAAGGGUCAGAGUCGAGGACCAGUCUCCGCUCAUCCAAUGCACGAGGUGCCUCGCAUUUGGACAUGGUCGUAAAUUUUGCACCGAGAGUGUGGACAGAUGCAGUCACUGUGGAGGACCGCAUCUGCGCGAAAAAUGCGCAGACUUUAUCGCAGGGACCGAACCGCGGUGCUGCAACUGCUCACACUCUGGGUUGCGGAAGGCUGACCACAACGCUUUUAGCGCCGAAUGCCCGGUACGAAAAAAGUGGGACUACUUGGCUCGCGCAAAUACCACAUAUGCAUGACCAUGCAGGACAUUACACAACACGUACACACAGACACAAAGCACACAGAAACAAAAACACAACACACACAAAUAUGAAAUACACAACAACACGAACACAAAUGAUAUUCAGAAGGUAUAUUGAAUAUACACGAUGAUAUCAGCACAAGAACACUUACAGGAACAAAAAAUGCGAAAUAAAAUGAAAAUUGUCUAAAGAAAAUAGUCAAUAAAUAUAUAUAAAUUCAGUAUAUAUAUGUUAUUGCCUAGGCAAAUGAGUUUUUAAAAAAUAUAGAAAGAAAGCACAAACGUCACAACACUACAGAAAUCUCACCAAACCUGCUAAAGGCAUAAUAAUAGCAAACAUAAUAACGAAAUAAACUUCCUGUUGUAAGAAUAAUGAAGUUAGGAAUAUAAUUAACUAAUACCGAACGGAAGAAUGUAGCAAUUAGAUGGUAAUUAAGAGUAUAUACUAAUGUAAGUUUUAUAGAUAUAAGCUAAGAACUAAGAAAAAAGUAAUGUUAGAAUGUUAGAAAUAUAAUAAGUGUAAUAAAAGAUAAGUAUAAUAGUUAAAUAAGUAAAGAAAAUUGUAAUUAAAAUAAGAACAAGUACGCAGUACUUGUAAGGAAAACCAAUAUAAUAUGUAAAGUAUAAAUACUACCGUAGACAAACUAGAAACAAAAAUAAAACUGUACAAACUUUAUUUUCCUAUAAUAAAAGAAUAAAAAUAUCGUAGCAUAGAGAAGCGGGAGUCCCACCCGGCAAAGAAUGAAUGUGGAAGGAUAUAAGAAAGAUUAUGUAUGCGGCUUGAAAGUGCGAGAGGAAUACAUGUGAGAACUUGAAUGAAUGAGUAUAUAGAUAAAUAAGGACCCGGUGUUCUCAUGAUCGGGGAAAAGCAGAAUAAAAAAAAAAAAAAAAAAGAAUCUACCACCGGAUCGGAAACGCGACCCACUGAGAAGAUACGGCGAGAAACUCAGUGGGCUUUGUCUGGGAGUUAAUUUACUCGUCGAGCCCUUCGUCGCAAGCGACGGGUUCGACGAGAACGGUGACCGGUGCUUGAAGUACCUAGAAGCACCGUUAGUGGAUCGGGAGGAUCCGAGAUGACGUGUUUUGGGCGACGUCGACUGCUUUCCAUUCUGUCCGCAGGAUCGGGAAUGUAGUUACCGGCGGCCACGAUGAGAGGGUUCUCGUGUCGUGCCGCUUUAUCGAAGUAGUGAAUGUUUCGAGCAAAAACGUUGCUAUUUAUAGGCACUGUACCCUCAACAUUAUUAUAAAAUUCGUGUUUCCUAAAUAUAUCAUACAGCCUAAUCUUUAAAAAAAUAUGAUUUUAUGGAGUGAAAUGAAAUGAAGUUGAUUAAUUUGAGACAUUAAUCAAUUGGCAUGAAAUGAUAUGGGUUGAAAUAUAAUCUUGUAAGAUGAUGGUUAUUUACUGAGACUUUGAAGUCGUCGUGACCUAAGGGUUAAGACGUCCGGUGCAUUCGUGUUGAACGACGCACCGGUGUUUGAAUCUCAGGCGGGUACCAAUUUUUCUAAUGAAAUACGUACUCGACAAAUGUUCACGAUUGACUUCCACGGUGAAGGAAUAACAUCGUGUAAUAAAAAUGAAACCCGCAAAAUUAUAAUUUGCGUAAUUACUGGUGGUAGGACCUCUUGUGAGUCCGUGCGGGUAGGUACCACCGCUCCGCCUAUUUCUGCCGUGAAGCAGUAAUCAACCUUAUCCGCCAACAAAUAAAGUAAUUUUUCCCGUUAUAGCUUUGAAAACUAACAUCAUUUUAUUUUAUUUAUUUUUGCUUCUUGAAAUAUCGAUUUCUAUUUACUACAGGAGGUAACGGAGUCGCGUUGAACACUAAAAUAAUUUAUUAUAAUUAUGAAUAAAAGUAAAAGUUUAGUUGUUUACUUUUUAUGUUUUGAGGAUUUAUGUUUGUUAGUAUCUAUACAUUACUUAUUAUUUUAUUAGCGUUACGUUUUGUGUAAUACAUAUUUUUAUAGUAUAUUUUUAUGUUUUCGCGACUAGUACAUAUAAUGAAACAACGUUUAAACGGUUUUAAGCGCGUUAUUUUUAUUACAAUGCUUCGGCCACGUUUCUGUAGCCGUGAGCAUGGAAGGCAAAGAUGUCCAGUGUCAAUGAGUGGAGUUCUUAGCUGGCUUAUAAAAGUAAUCUUUUCUUUCUCUGGCGACAAUCGAGAUCCAUUCUGCACACGUGAUUGCUAGGAAAGCUAAAAUAAAAAAAAUGGAAAGCUAAGUAUCUAAUGAGAGUCCAACAAACAGACACAAAAGCAGAAUUAACCAAUUUCAACUAACCAAUUUUGAAGUACUGCUAACAAAUUUUUAAAAAUUAUUACAUCACAAAUCUACUCCAUGUAUUUACUUUUCUGUUAAACAAAAAUUUUGUCCAAGUGUUGGCGAACCUUGGUCAACAUUUAUAGCGGUGGUUAAAAAUCGGUAAUUUUGUUUAAAAUUUAAUAUUAUUUAUUAGUUUAAAGCUUAAAAUUUUACUUACACUUCAUGUACUUACCGAAAGUAAGAUAUUCCGGCCGUUAAAUUGCUUUUUCGGGCAUUUUUUGCAACUUUUGAAUACACACUGCGGCAUUGUGAGACGGGUUGACAUUGGCUGUGUCUGAAGUGAACUAAACAAUAAAAGAGCUCACAUAUCAAGAUUUUCAAGUGAGCUGUUAUUUAACGCGACGAAUUUUUGCGCCAACCCGAAAUCUAGUUACUUUUGUUGAUCGAAGCCGAAAAGUUACAAUUUUAUUAAGAACUACUGUUCUUAAUUGUAACUUGAAGUUGCCGUUCUCGUUAACUUGCUGCCGCGAUAUUAUGUGGCAUAAGUGUUCGAUUAAUGAUUCUUUCUUUCAUUUUUAUCACUAACCCACAAAAUGACAAAACUAAAUACAAUUGUCAUCUUUCAUCCUUCAGAACCAUAUCAAAGUUUAAAUAUUUGAAAUUUUAUUUAUGAAAUUUUUAUUAUCCGUUUCAAACUUCUUCCUACUUAUCUGAUCGUUUCUCGUGUUUCGUAUCCUUUUUUAAUUUGGUUUCCCAAUCUUUUAAUUUACGUCAUUGGCAAAAAGUAAACGCUAUUGCCAAAAAAGAAAAAAAAAAUAGACAAAUAACGUAAAAGCAUAGAGUUACUAUUCUAAGGUAAGCUAUUGUAGGUAUAGUAAUCGGCAAACUUCUUGAGCAAAUGACCUUGACUGCGCAGAACCGAAUUUUAGAUCACUUUGGUGGUGAGGGUGAGGCGCGACGGCAGGGGAAAUCGUAUCGAGCGCGUUAUUGGUAGAUCAGUCGAACCUUGCGUCCCGCACCGCGCCCUCGUUCCGCUUGCUCCCAAAAGUACGCUUGCGUACAGUGAAAAGUCUAUCGUUAUUAAUCGUUAAGUUAUUUGUUAUAAUUGCUUGUUGACUUUGUUGCCAUUGCUAUUUGUUGAGUGUUUGUUGAUUUUUUAUAAAAAAUACACUAUGCCGCGACAAACUGGUGUAGUAUUCAAAAGAAAGGAUAAAAAAAUUGUGUACGACGUAUAUUGCUUCAUUAUAAAACAGGGGAAGAAUGAUAUGGAAAAAGUAAAACAGACUUCGGAAGCAACAAAAACAUCAGUGAGUACUGUUAGGUGCAUUAUUAACGAAGCUAAAGGCUCUGGCUUGCUCGCCGUGUUUGGGACUCCGGGUAAGAAAAGAUCAGGGAAGAAGAAAGUUGGAAUGGAUAGUUUCGUUCAAUCUGUAAUAAAAAUAUGUAAUCAUAAUAACUACAUAACAAGCAGCGAAACUCCGUACCGUAGAAAGGCUUCGAAAAAUUUAAAGAAGAUAUAAAUUUUAAUGGCUCGGAAUGAAGCUUACGACGAAUUAUGAAAGAGCUAGGCUUCAGAUGGAAAAAAAGAACCGAAAAUAAUCGGAAGCUGGUAAAUGAAAAAAGUAACAUUCGAUUACUACGAAUCGAAUAUCUUCAAAAAAUAAUUAAUUAUAGACAAAAAAGAAGACCGAAUCGACCGAGUUGUAAACUACGCCGAUGAGCCCUAUGUCGACUCAUCACGAUGAUAGCGACUCGGGUGAUGAAAACAGUGAUGAUGAUGAUGGUCAAGAUUAUGAUAACGAAAAAAAAAUUACAAAUACCAGCUUCGCUUUAACUGAACCAAGACCUGGCAACAGCUCUAGUUUUGACUUAAUAGAAGGAAUAUCUAUUUUACCCCAAGAUUAAAUUAUUACAAUUAUUAACCUAUAUGUUUUGUUGAUGUUCUAAUAAAUAUAUAAAUAAAUACA